AUGAGGAUGAAUCCCAAAACCCUAAUUACGAACUUUCUCAUCCUACUUGUACAAAUCUCAAACUUAUCAGUAAAUGUAAACUCCUUAGAAGCGUACCACAAACAAUACUACAGAUCAGAGUUCACGGUACCGCCAAAUACGGUUGUACGAAUCGUCAUCUCCAAUGAUCUGUUUGGUCUGAAGAAUAAUGGAAACGCAGGUUUUGUAUGCACAAACGGUAAUGAGGUAUGGAGGAAAAGCAAACCAGGAGACCGGUACGCUGUGGUCCAAUUUAAGUACGAUGGUAAGCGGAGGCAAGCUUCCACGCAUUGUCAUCUCCGGUCCAAAUUCGGAUUUGUGAAUUUCCCGGUUAAUAUUAAUCCGGACACAUCUGCUUAUUGUUACCCUAGCUACGUAUGUGAUUACUCAGUUCGAGAAGAUGGGGUUUAUUACAAGCCUGAGAGAAAGCUUUAUCCAUGGACGAGGCAGAGGUAA